AUGCAUUUUAGAAAAAUUACUGCUCUGGUGUUGCGGGAGUUUGUCUCCCGCAACCCAGGCACCAGUGAUCCCGAUGAUGUGACGAGGGCUGACUUUAUAGCCUGGUGCACAGACAUUACAUUAAAGAAUGACGUUGCCCAGGCAAUAAUUAGGAAUGUGUGUGGUCAGGAGCUAGCUUCUGACCACCACGGUUCAAAGGCUGUAGGGUGGUGGUUGGCUGACCCCAAAACCCUUGCAAACGUAAGUUUUCCUUCUUCUUAA